UACAACUAGGUAGUGUCGAGAGCUGCGAGCCAGGAGAGAAACCGUGUGACCCGAGUCGAACGCGGCGAGUCCGAGUCACAUUGGAGCCGUACAGCGUGGAGACCUCGAGCGCUCUCAUCGCGGCACAGACCCUGGAUAUGGCUACGUCUAUACUUGGGGAGGAGCCACGGUUUGGAACUACACCUCUAGCGAUGCUGGCUGCGACCUGCAACAAAAUCGGCAACACCAGUCCCCUCACAACUUUGCCCGACUCGAGCGCCUUCUCGAAAGGUGGAUUUCAUCCGUGGAAACGAUCCUCCUCCAGCUGCAACUUGGGGUCCAGCCUGCCCGGUUUCACGGUAGCAACGAGCCGCGCGUCCACGGGACUAACGCCGACCAGUGGCACGAGCAACAGCGCGUUUUGUUUAGCCUCCACCUCGCCGACCUCGUCCGCCUUUUCCACCGAGUACAGCGGCCUCUUUUCCAACUCCGCGAGCGUCACGACGCAAGAAUCGGGACAGUCGGCUUUUAUCUCCAAAGUCCACACGUCGGCGGAGACUCUGUACCCACGAGUGGGCAUGGCGCACCCUUACGAGUCGUGGUACAAGUCCGGGUUCCACUCGACCAUCUCCGGGGACGUCGCCAACGGCGCGUCCUCGUGGUGGGACGUUCACACGAACCCGGGGACGUGGCUCGACGUCCAGAACCCCGCGGGCACCCUCCAGACCUCGCUGCACUCGGGGACGCCCCAGGCCAUCCACUCCCAGCUGAGCGGCUACAACCCGGACUUCUCCUCGCUGACCCACUCGGCGUUCAGCUCCACGGGCAUCAGCCCGUCCGCGUCUCACCUGCUGUCCACCAGCCAGCACCUGUUAACGCAGGACGGCUUCAAAACGGUCAUCCCCGCGUACACAGACGCCUCCGCCGCCAACGCCAUGAUUUCUGGGGGCAGCUCGGGGAUAAGCAGCUCCUCCCGGUCGUCCAGGCGGUACUCCGGCAGGGCGACGUGUGACUGUCCGAACUGCCAGGAGGCCGAGCGGCUGGGGCCCGCCGGGGCCAGCCUGCGGAGGAAGGGACUGCACAGCUGCCACAUUCCCGGCUGCGGCAAAGUGUACGGGAAGACCUCUCACCUCAAGGCGCACCUGCGGUGGCACACCGGGGAGCGGCCUUUCGUCUGCAACUGGCUUUUCUGCGGCAAAAGGUUCACGCGGUCCGACGAGCUGCAGAGACACCUCCGCACCCACACCGGCGAGAAACGCUUCGCGUGCCCGGUGUGCAACAAGCGCUUCAUGCGCAGUGACCAUUUGAGCAAGCACAUCAAAACGCACACGGCCGGUGGGGGCGGCAAAAAGGGCAGCGACAGUGACACCGACACCAGUAACCUGGAGACGCCGAGGUCCGAGUCCCCAGAACUUAUUUUGGACGGGGUGAAUCCCAGAAUCACUGUUAAGGAUCCGUCUCCUCACGACGAGCCGUGAUGAGACUCCACGCCAAACUGCACAGCAUUGAAAACGGGUCCUAUUAGACAGACACUAAAAGGGAGAAAAUGCGUCAAGAGGCGAACGUCGACUUAAAAAAUCUAUCCUGCACAGGCGUAACAAGUAUGUCAUUCGUAAAUCCAUCUCAAACAAACCGCCGAGUGAUUCGCUGUGGGCCUUUGGGAAAUUUCUAGGGACAACUUGAAAAUGAAAUGGAUGUUUAAGGGUGCGCGAAACGUGUUGAACUUUAGUUGGACAGUGUGAGUCCCAUCUUGUAUAUUGACGACUAAACUAUGUGUUAAUUUUCAUGUAAAUGUUAGACUAUGAUUGUUUUAUUCGUGUUGGUAUCCUGGAAAUCAGGGAGUUUACUUUCGACGCACUUUGUGGAUAUGUAUGUACACAGCUUUUUCAACUUUGGUUAAUCAUUUUAUUUCUUUGCUAAAAAUAUCUAUAUAUAAAUGUUUACCUGUAUAAAGUCACACGUAUAAGACUUUCAUUUUAUCGUAAUUAAAACAUCUUAAAAAAGGC